UAUAAAAAGUUUUGUAGGAUAAACAUUCCUUUCUCUUAAAACCGCACUCCAAACCCGGGGGAGCAUUUAUUGAUGAGUUCAUAGAUGGCAGAGGAAGUAUUAUUAGCAGAAGAUGGGAAAUAUGUGGGGUCUCUCACCAAGUCGCUGCUGGCCGUGGCUUUCCUGGCCUCGUUCGGUAGCUCCAUGCUCUAUGGCUACAACCUGGCCGUGGUCAACUCUCCUGCAGAGUACAUCAAGGCAUUCUAUAACCAGACGAUGGUAGCAAGGAACGGGACGGGUCUGGACGACAAGACUCUUACGUUGUUCUACUCUGUCACUGUGUCUGUGUUUGCCAUCGGGGGCAUGGUGGGCAGCCUCAUGGUGGGCAUACUAGUCACCAGAUUUGGAAGGAAAGGCACCCUGGUGAGAAUCACAUGUCUGGUGUUUAUAGGUGGAGCCUUCAUGGGCUUCAGCAGAACCUUCGGCUCUCCAGAGAUGAUCAUUGUUGGACGCUUCAUCACAGGGGUACACUCAGGUAUCUCUCUGAGUGUGGUGCCAAUGUAUCUUGGGGAGAUAGCACCAAAGAACCUGCGAGGCUUCCUGGGCCUCGUGCCUAGCAUCUUUAUCUGUCUAGGAGUCUUCAUUGCUCAGAUCCUGGGGCUACAUGAACUACUGGGAAAGGAAGAGUACUGGCCCCUCUUCCUGUCUCUGGUGGUGAUCCCCACAAUGUUCCAGCUGAUGCUGUUGCCAUGGUUCCCAGAGAGCCCGCGGUACCUGCUCAUAGAGAAGAGAAAUGUCCACGCCACCAUCACAGCUCUGAAGUGGUACCGGUCCAAAGUGAACAUCCAGGCAGAGAUCGAGGAGAUGCAGGAGGAGCAGCGGUCCAUGUCCUCGGUCCAGACCGUGUCGGUCAUCGGUCUGCUGAAGGACCGGAGCGUCCGCUGGCAGGUCAUCACUAUAGUGGUGGUCAAUAUUGGCAUGCAGCUGUCCGGUAUCGACGCGAUCUGGUUCUAUACCAACGCCAUCUUUGAGAACGCAGGUAUCCCAGUCCCUCAGAUCCAGUACACCACGGUUGGAACCGGAGCCAUCGAGGUUAUCGCUGGAUGCGUAGGGUGCUUCACCAUUGAACGGCUGGGCAGAAGACCUCUGAUGAUUGGUGGAUUCACCUUCAUGGGAAUUUGCUGCGCAGGGAUCACACUCUCCCUCAUGUUCCAGUCCCACUACAUCAGUGUUGCCUGUGUGGUGGGGAUCAUCGCUGGCUUCUGUAUAGGACCAGCUGGAGUGCCCUUCCUGAUUACAGCAGAGCUGUUUAAACAGUCCCAUCGUCCGGCUGCCUACACCGUGGCUGGAUGCCUCAACUGGCUGUCCAACUUCACCAUCGGCUUUGUCUUCCCCUUCCUACAGAUGUCGGCAGGGGCCUACUGCUACCUGGUGUUCUUUGGCGUGUGCACGGCAGUGGCGGCCUACGUCUUCUUCAUCGUCCCUGAGACCAAGAACAAGACAUUUGUGGAGAUCAGCCAGAUGUUCGCGGCCAGGAACGGCAUGCUGGAGGAGGAGAGCAGCGAACUGGGCGUCUUUAACAGCCUCAAACUCGCCAAGAUGAACGGCUAUGGUGCCGUCGACCUGGAGUACGAAGUGAUAGAGAAUAAGAAGUAGAGAAGGGGAAAGAGAGAGAGAGAGAGAGACGUCAGUAGUCUUAGUGUCUCUUUAUCUGUACUGAUCUGAAAACACCCCACUGGGCACAGAC